UCACUCCAACUGAUUGGUUCUUCUGAUGUUGUUCACACAGGAGACCAUGUUGAGACAUUCUCUACAUCCAGAGAGCAACAGCAGGAAGAUCACAGAGCUAAGAGGUCUCACCACUGCCCACAUUGUGAGGAGACUUUCCCAAUUCUAUCAAAGCUAAAAAUACACCUAAAAAUACACACAGGAGAAAAUCCGUAUUCCUGUACUGACUGUGGGAAGAGAUUCACAACAUCAAGGAAUCUGACAGUUCAUCAGAGUGUGCACAAUGGAGUGAAGCCUUACUCCUGCUCUGACUGUGGGAAGAGUUUUUCUCGAAUGGACUUCUUAAAAACACAUACACGUAGACAUACAGGACUGAAGCCUUACUCCUGCUCUGAAUGUGUAAAAUUCUUCACAACAUCAGCUGAGCUAAAAGUUCAUCAGAGAACACACACAGGAGAGAAGCCUUACUCCUGCUCCGACUGUGGAAAGAUUUUCUCUCAACUUGGCCCCUUAAAAAGACAUGAACGUAUACAUACAGGAGUGAAGCCUUACUCCUGCUCUGACUGUUUAAAAUGCUUCACAACAUCAGCUGAGCUAAAAAUUCAUCAGAGAACACACACAGGAGAGAAGCCUUACUCCUGCUCUGACUGUGGAAAGACUUUCUCUCAACUUGGCCCCUUAAAAAGACAUGAACGUAUACACACAGGAGAGAAGCCUUACUCCUGCUCUGACUGUAGAAAUUGCUUCACAACAUCAGGUCAGCUAGAAGUUCAUCAGAGAACACACACAGGAGAGAAACCUUACUCCUGCUCUGACUGUGGAAAGAGUUUCUCUCUAUUGUUUAACUUAAAAACACAUGAACGUAUACAUACAGGAGUGAAGCCUUUCUCCUGCUCUGACUGUGUAAAAUGCUUCACAACAUCAACUGACCUAAAAGUUCACCAGAGAACACACACAGGAGAGAAGCCGUACUCUUGCUCUGACUGUGGAAAGACUUUCUCUCAACUGGGCACUUUAAAACAACAUGAACGUAUACACACAGGAGAGAAGCCUUACUCUUGCUCUGACUGUGGAAAGAGUUUCUCUCAACUGGGCCCCUUAAAAAGCCAUGAACUUAUACAUACAGGAGUGAAGCCUUUCUCCUGCUCUGACUGUUUAAAAUGCUUCACAACAUCAGCUGAGCUAAACGUUCACCAGAGAACACACACAGGAGAGAAGCCUUACUCCUGCUCUGACUGUGGAAAAAGUUUCUCUCAACUGAUUCUCUUAAAAAGACAUGGACGUAUACAUACAAGAGUGAAGCCUUACUCCUGCUCUGAUUGUGUAAAAUGCUUCACAACAUCAGGUCAGCUCAAAGUUCAUCAGAGAACACACACAGGAGAGAAGCCUUACUCCUGCUCUGACUGUGGAAAGAGUUUCUCUCUACUGUGCAACUUAAAAACGCAUGAACGUAUACAUACAGGAGUUAUUCCUCACCGCUGAUCUGACUCUAGAAACUGUUUUAAAACAAGAGCUGAGCUAAAAGUUAAUCAGAGACAGACACAGGAGAGGAACCUGACUUCUGCUCUUAAUGUGGCAAGAGUAACUCAAGUCACCAAGUAGAAUACCACAUGAGUAAAAGUAUUUGGUUUUAAAUAUACUUAAGUAUCAAAACUAAAAGUAUGAAUCAUUUCAAAUUCCUUAAAUUAACCUCUACGGGAUGGUUGUUCCUAAAACAGGACAGUUGCUAAUGUGACUAUAUUGACAUUGUAUUCAACAGCUAACUUUCUGGGACAUAGACAUGUCUUUUAUAUGGGCAGAAAGAUUAACAAGAAUUUAAGCAAACUUCAGUGUCAAAUUAACAGUAGCUAUUACAGUGAAAAAAUACCAUGCUAUUGUUUGAGUAAAGUGUAAAAUAACAACUUAUCACUGCAACUGGUUUGAUACAUUCAAACCAGUUGAUUUGUCAUCCUUAGGGUCCCAGAGAUAAAAUGUAGCAUAGUUUUGUUUGAUAAAAUACAUUUUUAUGUUAAAUGUAGGAACUGGGUUCUACAUUUUUGAACCCCUGUUGUCUCUGGCUCCACACCCACCCCGCCAGACCAUCUAGAUGUGUGAAAGUUAGUGAAUAAGCUAAUGAUCCAGCAUGUAUAAAAUUCCUGGCAGUGUGUAAUUCCUGGCAGUGUGUAAACUUAAAUGUUUUAUUACCAUAGCAUUUUUAUAUGUUCUCUAUAGUUUUGUACUUAAAUGUAUCAAUUGACCAAUUCAGCACAUUUGGGGAAACUCCUGGCAGACUUGAUACAGUGCAGUAAUGUAAUUCUUCACUGGAUCAGUCAAACUUUUCACACACUGCUGCCAUCUGGUGGCCAAAAUCUAAAUUACACCUAGACUCCUUUCUGAAAGUAUGACCUUUCUUGCAUUUCAAAGUUAAUGAAAAAAAGUUUUUGUUUGUAUGAUUUUACCAGAUCUAAUGUGUUAUUCUCCUACAUUAAUUUCACAUUUCCACAAACUUCAAAUUGUUUAAUUUCAAAAGAUAUCAAGAAUAUGCAUGUCUUUGCUUCAGGUGCUGAGCUACAGGCAGUAAGAUUUGGGUAUGGCAUUUUAGGUGGAAAUGUAAAGAAAAGAAAGGGUACAAUCCUUAAGAGGUUUUUAGCGAACUAGUGAGUCUGCCAGAUCAGAGGCAGUAGGGAUGACCACGGAUGUUAUCUUGAUAAGUGUGGGAAUUUGACCUUUUUCUGUCCUGGUAAUCAUAUAAAAUGUAACUAGUACUUUUGGGUGUCUGGGAAAAUAUAUGGAGUAAAAAGUCAAAUUUGGGUGGGGGAAUUUGGUGAAAUAAAAGUAAAAAUUGUCAAAAAUAUAAAUAGUUAAGUACAGAUACACCAAAACUUAAGUAAAAGUGAUUUAAAGAACUACUUAAGUACUUUACACCACUGCAUGCAUCCACUCCGUGUGUCAGCAUUGCAGGCUGGUGGUGUGAUGGUUGGGGUGUGUUUUCAGGGCACACAUUGGGCCCCUUGAUAAAAGAUGAGCAAUGUUUGAAUGCUACAGGAUAUCUAAACAUCAUUGGCAAUCAGGUGCCUCCCUUCAUGGCAGCAGUGUAUCCCUCCCACAAGGCUUGUCCAGGAAUGGUUCCAAGUACAUUACACUGAAUUCACUGUAAUUGUGCAUCUGUGGGAGGAGAUGGAACGAGCUAUUCAGAGUAGAUACACUCCCAGCCAACUUGACACAAUUGUACGAAGCAUUGGAGUCAACAUGGACCAGCAUCCCUGUGUUCUGAGGACAAAGGGGGCUGCAACUCAAUAUUAGGAAGGUGUUUCUUAUGUUUUGUACACUCAAUGUAUAUCAGGUAAGGAUUGAUUGAUGAUCAGUUUUUAGCAUUAGUUCGGGUGGAUUAUUUUAUAUUACUAAACAACUUUUGUUUAAUGAUGAACAGGCUAUGAAUCAACUAAUUGUUUAUUAAACUGUAUUUUAACAUUAGAUUCAUUAUUUUAGUCAUUGAUGAUGAAUGUAUUUGAAUAACUGUAUUGAAGUCGAUUGAUCUGGUGGCAGGUAGCCUAGCGGUUAAGAGUGUUGGGCCAGUAACUGAAAGGUUGCUGGUUUGAAUCCCGAGCUGACUAGGUGAAAAAUCUGUCAUUGUGCCCUUCAGCAAGUCAAUUAACCCUUAUUUGUCCUAUAAGUCGCUCUGGAUAAGAGCAUCUGCUAAAUGACACAAAUAUAAUGAAACAUUUUUGUACAUGAAUAUAUGCUGGGCAACCACUUUUUUCUCUUAAAUAAAAUAAAUGGUUUGAAGUGAAA